AUGAAUAAUAUGACACAAACUGUUUCUUCUGUUCCUUUACUCGUCUUCAUUUCUGAGAGUUGCAGGAUUUCACAACGCUUAUCUGGCGAGCGUUCGUGGUUGUGGACAAAUUUGUCCCAGAUGGCGCCGUCCGACCAGGCGAUCAUGAUGGCAAAUAUUGCAUCGAUGUGGCCGUACAGCAGUGAACGAAGGGCUUUGAACUGGCCAAUGCACAUUGGUCUCAUCACCAAUUGCUUUACGUCCACAAUCAUCGCUACAAAGAUCAACUCUGAUAUGGUGGCUUUCAAUCCUAAGAUGGCAUUUCUUGAGUCAAUUAGAACGUGUCCCAAAUCUCCGUUCGUAUUCGGAGUUUAUUCAUCUGGAGUAGUUUUCUACGCCUUACGACAGAUAUUGGUCACUCCACAUGUCUUUAAUGAGAACAGGCCAUGCAGUUCAUGCAUGCUCAGUGGGAGUGUGUUGAUCUCACUGGCAAGUGGUAUCGCCCUGCCCUUUUUCACAACUCCUUAUCUUUGCUACUACAUCUUACUUCAAAGGGAUUCCAAUAGGUAUCCUGUUGUUAAAAACUACAUCGACUUCCUCACGCUUAGCUGGACAGGCAUGAUAUUCAAUACGUUGGACAGCGAUCCAGAUUUUGCUCGAGAGCUGCUUAUUUCUAUACAACUUAAGCCCACUUUUAAACAACGAAUCAUGGACUUUCUGCGCACUGUUCCGUACUUUAGUGACGUUAUUGGGAAACCAGGACCAGAAACUGAGCGAUUACGGGUCACGUAA